AGCUUUCCCGCGCGCCCGCGCGGUAGGCCCGCGCGGCCGCUGGGUAGGCCCCGCGCGCCGAGGGGUGUGUGAGCCCUCGGCCGAGGCGCCGCCCGCGCGGCGCUGGCGCCCCAGGGCCCGCGGCGGGCCGCACCCAUGAGGGAGGCGGCGCCGGGAGCCGGCGCGGCGCCCUGCGAGGGCGGGCGAGGAGCCGUCCACCCGUUCUGGACCUGGGGCUCCUGGAGCGGGGCCGCCGCCGUGGGCGUGGGCCAGCCGGACGCGAGUCCGCGGCGGCGCACGAAGGAGGUCUGCCCCGUCGCGCCCGUGCAGCCGUGGGCGGUGCGCGGGGCUUGGCCGGGCCAGGGAACAUGGCCCGCGCUCGCCAACGCCGCCGACAGCGGCGACGAGGACGAGGAGGAGGACGAGGAGGGCGAGGACGGCGAGCCCGACGAGGAGGGCGAGCUGGAUGCCAAGCACCCCGAGAAGACGACGGCCGUGGACAGC